AAUUGUGAAAAUGGUGGUAUUUGCUCGAAGGAUGAUUAUUGUUUAUGCAAGCAUUUUACAUCUGGAAAACGUUGUGAAAAAGUUAUAUGUGACGAUAAAUGCUAUGCUAAUAAUGGUGAAUGCGUUGGUCCAGGAAAAUGUAAAUGCCCAGAGGAGAAAUUUGGAGUUAACUGUGAAAAAAGUCAUUGUAAAGUGCCGUAUGAGUUUGACACACGUCUGUCAAUUUCUGACAAAUUUCAUGUAAGUCUCUCUGGAGGUUCUGUUGUUGAGGUGGAGGACUAUGUUUACUUCAACUGUUCAAAGGCGGUGGAGGCUAUGCACGAACCUGUAAAUAGAAGAUUCAAAUGUAUAAACGGCGAGUGGAUUGAGGAUGAACGAGAUAAAUCAUGGCAGUUUGGAAAUAACGGGUCUUUUCCAAAAUGCAGAAAAACAAAAUGUGAACCGAAUUGUGAAAACGGAGGUGUUUGUUUGAGGGAUGAUCAAUGUAAAUGCAAGUAUUUAACAUCUGGAAAACGUUGUGAAAAUGUUAUAUGUGACGAUAAAUGCUAUGCUAAUAAUGGCGAAUGCGUUGGUCCAGGAAAAUGUAAAUGUCCAGAAGAGAAAUUUGGAGCUAAUUGUGAACAAAAUCAUUGUAAAGUGCCGGAUGAGUAUGACACACGUCUGUCAAUAUCUGACAGAUUUCAUGUUAGUCUCUCCGGAGGUUCUGUUGUUGAGGUGGGGGACUAUGUUUAUUUCAACUGUUCAAUGGCGGGAGAUGAUAUGCACGAACCUGUAAAUAGAAGAUUCAAGUGUAUAAACGGCGAGUGGAUUGAGGAUGAACGAGAUAAAUCAUGGCAGUUUGGAAAUAACGGAUCUUUUCCAAAAUGCAGAAAAACAAAAUGUGAACCAAAUUGUGAAAACGGAGGUGUUUGUUUGAGGGAUGAUCAAUGUAAAUGCAAGUAUUUAACAUCUGGAAAACGCUGUGAAAAUGUUAUAUGUGACGAUAAAUGCUAUGCUAAUAAUGGCGAAUGCGUUGGUCCUGGUGAAUGUAAAUGCCCAGAGGGGAAAUACGGAGCUAACUGUGAAAAACGUAAGUUAAUAUUUAGGAAAUAAAGCAUCUGUAAAAUUAUAAUAUAGAAGACAAUAUAAGAUAAAGCAAUAACACUGAUUGACUCUAUAAAUAUCAUUGUAUUUAUUGAGAAUUGAUUGAUGGUUAUCCCAUUACCUUCUUGUCUGACUUAUACGUUAAAUAAUGUAUGGUUAUAAGAU